UCAAUAGCCGAAAAUAUCGAUACUGCCACCCCCAGGUCUGUGUGCCAUCGCUAGUUCCUUUUCUUUUCGAAUUUCUCGUGGAAAACGCCAACAUGGGUUUCGCUACUCUCUGGUACUCGCAUCCCCGCAAAUAUGGCCAAGGCUCCCGAUGCUGCCGUGCCUGCUCUAACCGCCACGGUCUGAUCCGCAAGUACGGCCUGAACAUUUGCCGUCAGUGCUUCAGGGAGUACGCCAACGACAUUGGCUUCAAGAAGCUGGACUAAAUGUCCUCUUCGCCUUUUGGCACGCGUUAAUCGCGUCUCAAAGCAACACCAUUCGGCAUAUUAAUGUAAUGAGUCGCCGGUUCUUGGGGACUCAGUAUAUUAGUAUGCCAGCAGCAACAAGCAGCAGCAGCAACAACAAUAAUCAUUUGGGGAUUUAAGCAAGGACAAAGCAAGCACAUUGAAGCAUGGAUUCCAAAGUAAUCUCUAAGCAAGUAACCAGAAUGGCCAACAACACCACAGAAUUCCAACAGUUACCACCUUCCGCGAAGGAUCUUUGUUACAACACUAGUUUGUUUAAAUCUCCGUCUGAUUAAACCCAUAACAAGAAACGUA